AUGACCAACUUCAGCCUUUGCCUCUUCACCCUCUCCCUCAUAACCUUAACCUUCACUUUGCAGGCCUUCCAAGCAACCUCUAAUGAAGCCACAAUCAUUAACGUAUGCAACAAAACACCAGACCCUACUCUCUGCAAGACCUGUCUCCACAGCGAUCCGAAGAGCAAGACAGCUGAUGUUAGGGGCUUGGCAUCAAUAUCGAUUACUUGCGGUACACGCGAUGCGAAUAAACUGUAUACUGAUACCAAUGACCUGUACACCAACACAAAGGAUCCUGCACUUCAUGACCUUCUUGAUUCAUGUUGGUGGAGGUUUCUGGUGGCUCGCGAUAAUAUAGAUGGCGCCGGACGUGUGCUUAGGGAUAAAGGUUCCGAUCCUGCCAAGCUAGCUAUUACUCGGGAUGUUAUACCUUUCAUUGAUUUUUGCUCCGACCUUUUUAAGAAGAACCCUAAGGUUGUUGUGCCCCAUAAGAUCCUUGAUGAGAUGACUGUUGUUAGUAAAGACUGCAGGAUUAUACUGGGGAUUCUGAGUAAUAUUUCAAGAGUGAUUCAUGGAGAGUAG